CGUCAGUUGAACUCGGUAGUGGGAGCGGCUGGCGCGCAGUUUUAUUUCGGUCGAGAGUGUUUGCCGGGGAGUAAGUAAGCAGGCAAGGAGUCAGGCAGGCAGGCAGGGGUACCAUAACCGGUUACCAGGCCUCAGUAAAAAAAAAAAACAAUGGAGGACAGUUACACGGUGCAUCGUCGCCGCAAAGCGGCGGCAAGAAGACGCGAAAAGACGCCGGAUCCUCCGCGUCGGGAGGAAGAAUCCGGCGAGGAUGAUACCGUGGCUAGGGCGAAGAUGGAGAGGAUGGCUGAAGACACGGAAAACAUGGCUCUUCGGGUCGACGAUCAGCCACCGGCGAGCGACGUCAGGGUCGAAAAGGUGCGUCGAAAAGGGGCUGGGAAUGGUACCGGAAAUCAGCCGGAACCCGAAGCAGCGGAAGCCGGGAUCGAAACCGAGUUAAAACCAUCCAAUGCGAACGAUGCAUCCGACGCGGUGAAGAAAAUGGUCAAAAAGUCCGUCACAGAGAGCGACGGAAGCGAGCCAGCUAAAUUUAGCCACGUUUCAGAGAGCACUGUGCGGCCACGUGACGAGACUGACGUACCAACGCCGCGGAACGAUACCGAGGAUAUUCGAAACGCCGUUGUUGACACCGCGCCAAAACGUCAUCCGGAUGAAAAGAUGGCGGCGGCGAUAAACGAAGGCGCCGAUUUUCAUCCCAAAAAACGGUCCCGCGACAGAUCGGCGCAGAGCAAACAGAUUCCCUUGACCGACUCCAGCGAGGAUCAGGACGAGGGAAUGAGGUCCUUGCGUAGGAAAAAGUCACCCGAGGGUCUCAGGGCCAAGACUCGUUCUCGACAUACGGCGCCUCCAGCUGACACUGAUGAAGAUCAGACCACCUCGAAUGCGGAAUCGAAGGUGAAGUUGAACCGCGAUAAGAGACGAACCAGCAGGCACAGGUAUUCGACAGGUACCGAGGACGAGUCCGGGACCAGGAAAGGCGAUUCUGGAGCGAUUACGAAAGGGGUUCAGAAGGUUUCUGUGGAGCUGGAUAACGAACCAAAGGCGAAAGUGCGGGAGAAAAGGUCCCUGAGUCGACAUCGGUACCCAAGCGAAUCGGAAGAGGAGGUCGGGAUCAGGAAGAGCGAGACCUUCCCCCAGAGGUCGGCCGACAAGCAGAUUAUACGGAGGUCGGCAUCCGAGAUGAAGAAGCAGAUCAUUCCGCUGAAAGAUGACAGUCUCAUAGAGGACUUCGCCAAGGCGCAAGAGGAGUAUUUGAAACGAGAACGCGGAAUUCUUGAUCAUGACGACAUGGACGAUGACCGGAAGUAUGCAGCUGACAGAACGGAUCCUACGACAUUGAGGAAACGUAAACUUGGCGUCCUCCAUUCGGACCACGAUGAAGCGUUUAAGAUGAAGGAGAAAGAGCAUGGAAUGAAAGGCGAGGUAAAGAAGUCCUGGUUCUCCUGGUUCCCAUUCUCCCGAAAAGAGAAAGAGAAACAAAAAGUCGACGAUCCUCCUACGGAUGAUUUGACUCCACGGAAAGUAACUGUGAAAAAAGUUUCUUUUCUGGAAGUCUUGAAGGCCGUGCGUGAUAUCGUGACCGAAUUCAAGGCCUACGUUGAUCAAAAUCCGAGGGAGAUCGAGGCCUUGAAGAAGCUAAGGAACUCCUGCAUCGGCGAGUUCAUCGUCAUCGUAAUUUACUGCGGCCUCGGGGCGUUCGCAUUCAGAUUCACCGAGGGAGCUUUCGAGACGUUCUACAAAUGCGGUGUGAAACGUGUGAAGAGGGACUUUCUUGACAACCUCUGGAACUAUAGCCACAAUAUGAGAGAGGAAGACUGGAAGAGCAUGGCACGGAGGAAACUUAUGGAGUUCGAGGAGCAGCUGCACAGCGCUCACGAGGCUGGGGUCCAUUCUUACAGUGGUCAGAAGAACUGGACAUUUUUGAACGCCCUCGCCUUCUGCAUCUCCGUUAUUACAACCGUCGGUUACGGAGACAUCGCGCCGAAGACUCAGGCAGGAAAGGCGAUAACGAUAGUCUACGCCAUAUUUGGUAUUCCGAUGUUCUUGAUAAUACUCGCUGAUUUCGGCAAGCUCUUCACUCGAGGUAUGAAGUUCCUAUGGGCCUUCGUACGGAGGGUCUACUACACCGGAAGCUGCCGUAAAGUUAGAAGAACAGGACCUGUUCAGGAGGUAAUGAAAGGGGUGCAGCUGGUGUACGACUUCGCGACCUUCAGAAGACCGUCGCAGAUGAACCCGGAAGAGGUUGAGGAGAUCCAGAGACAGCAGACGCAGACGAUACUGAAUUUGGACGGGAACUUGCCGCAGCCGGAAACUCCGGGCACACCGGCGAUGUCGAACUUUGUAAUCGAUGAUGAGUUCAAUCUUCCGAUAUCAGUCGCUAUCUCCAUUCUACUCGGUUACAUUUUCGUCGGUGCAACUGUCUACCAAAUUUCCGAAGGAUGGGGAUUCUUUGAGAGCUUUUACUUCGUCUUCAUAUCCAUGAGCACCAUCGGCUUCGGCGACUACGUACCUCAGAAUUCACUGGUCAAGAUGUUGUCGCUUGUCUACCUGUUCUUCGGCCUUGCUUUAACAUCUAUGUGUAUCAACGUUGUGCAGGUGAUGCUCUCAGACUCCUUUAAAAAAGCAAGUCAGAAAAUAGGCGCCUCGAUCGGAUUCGAAGUUGCGGCAACUGACGGUGCCGAGGGUGCGGUGGUGGAGGUUUUGGGUGAGGAUGAUCCGGUUGGUGAAGUACAAGUUACGGUCAAAGAGUUCGAGAGCCAAGAAGAGAUUGCCGCUCCUAAGGCGAAACCGGAAGUCGUCGACUUGUAGGCUGCGUUAGAGUUCCUAAAAAUGACGGUAAUGAGAAAGAAAAUUGGAAGUAAUAGACGUAGUAAAAUAAGGAAAGAGAAAUAUCGAAUUUAACGAUAACGAAGCAAAUUAAAACAGUUGAAUAUAAAGUUACACAAAAUGUCGCCAAUUGCUGCCGUAAAACGAACGAUAUUUAAUUACCAUACGUUUCGACGCUAAUCUUGCCACAUAUUACAUUACAUACGCAUUAUUAUACCUAAGCAUUACAUACGUUUAUCUAUAAUAAAAAUCUGAUUGUUGCCAUGAUAAUAAUAAUAAUAAUAAACGAACGUGGCUAAUGGAUUGGCUUAUCGAGGAUUUAUUUUUCGAUGUCAGAUUAGGCACGUAUUUCCAUAC